AUGUAAUAUAAUCUUCCAUCGGCCCUCCUCUGGAAACAUCUUUCUUCUACAUUACAGAAUCAUCCAGUCCUCCAUUUGGGUUAUCAGAGUUCCAUGUCUAUAUAAUCUCCUGAAACUACUUCUUCUUCUUCUUCUUCUUCAACUUGCUCUGUUCCUGAGGAAUUGCUAACGAUGAAUCAACCUGAAGAGUCCUGCUCGUCCGGAAUCCUGCAGAACCAUUGUCGAGAAGAAAAGCAAGAAUGCAACGACGACAACAACCUGCCACAAAUCACGCAGGAGCUCCGCAAGUUGCUGAAACUGGCAGGACCCUUGCUCUUCGUCAGUCUCCUGCAGUUCAGCCUCCAGAUCACGUCGGUCAUCUUCGUCGGCCACCUCGGCGCGCUCCACCUCGCCUCCGCUUCCCUAACAACCUCGAUCGCCGGCCUAACCGGUUACAACGUCAUGAUAGGGAUGGCGGCGGCACUCGAGACGCUCUGCGGGCGAGCCUACGGAGCGAAACAGCCCCACAUGCUCGGCAUCCACACGCAGAGAGCAAUGCUGACGUUCACAAUCCUCUGCAUCCCGAUCUCGGUCCUGUGGUCCUUCACGGGACCGAUCCUCAGGUUCCUGAAGCAGAACGAGGCGAUCUCGACGCUCGCGGGUGAGUCCACGCCCUGGCUGAUCCCGAGCAUUUUCCCGUUCGGGAUCAUCCAGUGUCAGAACCGCUUCCUGCAGACGCAGAACAUCACGCUGCCCCAGAUGGUGAGCAGCGCGGUGGGCUGCGUCGUCCACGCCCUGUCCUGCUGGGUGCUCAUUUUCAGGCUCGACAUGGGGAACAGGGGAGCCUGCCUCGCCAACGGCGUCACUUACUCGACGGUCGCGGUCAUGCUUACCGCCUACAUCAAGUUCUCGGGUCGGUGUGACGAUACCUGGACCGGUUUCAGCCUGGAGUGUGCUCGAGACGUCGUUUCGUUCCUGAGGUUAGGCGUGCCUUCGGGGCUCAUGACGUGUUUGGAGUUUUGGUCUUAUCAGGUUUUCAUCAUACUGGCUGGACUCCUCCCAAAUGCACAACUUGAGACCUCUAUGAUGUUGAUCAGCCUCAACACAUCCGCCAUGGCGUUCAGGAUCCCCAUGAGCCUUGGCAGCGCCAUAAGCACCAGAGUGUCCAAGGAACUGGGCGCCGGCAAUCCAGAGGCAGCCAGGCUGGCCGUACGGGUGGUGCUAUUCCUAGUCGUUUUCCAGGGGCUGCUGGCGAGCUCCAUCGCCACCGCGGCUCGCCACGUGUUGGGAUUCUUGUACACCGACGACAGGCGAUUGGUCGUAUACUUGGCUAGUGUCGUUCCGAUUCUCGCUGCAUCCAACUUCAUCGAUGGAAUCCAUGGCGUCUUGUCAGGUUGCGCCAGAGGAUGCGGGUGGCAGGAAAGAGUUGCGUACAUAAGCUUGGGUUCCUAUUACCUUGUCGGGAUUCCGGUUGCUGCCAGCUUUACCUUCCUAGGCCAUCUUCAAGGAAAGGGGUUUUUGCUGGGGAUUAUUGCCGGGAGCACGGUGAAGGCCGGUGCGCUGUUGAUCAUGACAAUCGGGACCAACUGGGAGCACGAAGCGAAGAAAGCGAAGAGAAAUGUGGAUGCGUCGAGUCUUCCUGUAGAGAUGCUACGUUCAGCGAGUAGGUCCUGUUCCAUGGAGAGGCGCCGGAGCUUUCAGGGAAGUGUUUCCGCCUGACCGCCAUCAUAACAACCGGCAAUAGAUGUUGAAUCUUGUAGAGAGUUAUACGCGUAAUAUGCUUUUUUUGUCUUGUAAUUUUGUUUUUUUUUUCUCGAUUGUGUGUUUGUAUUAUAAAUCACAGAAGAAUUCUCAAAUAAUACGUCUCAAUUAGUUUUUCACCCCAAAUUUGUUAAAUCCAAGGUUGUCAACCUGUUCUAAUCUGUUGGUACGGUCGAGGAAGUGGGUUGAGCGUUAAUGGGCCGACCGGUUUAGCCCGGUU